AUGGAUCUAUUGAAGGCUGAAAUUGCGAAAAAGCGGAACUAUCUUGAAAGCACUAAUUUGAUUGGAGAAAAAAAGUAUUUCAAGAGAUCUGCUCUACGACAGAAAGAAGAGGAGGAGUACUUCGCGAAAUCAAAACGAGCCAAGGACAUAGCUGACGACAGUGCCGAGUCUUCUUUACUAGAAAAAGUAGUUCAUUACCUCAAAUAUGUUCUAUACCUAAAUUAUCUGAUCUUGCAGAAUGAAGAAGAGAACUUGUUGUUAAAAAAGUUUGAAGAACGCAGUCGAGAGGAACGUGAAAAGAGCAAGCUGAUGCCUCGCAAAGAGGUGGACGAUGCUGAAGAUGAAGAAUCCUACGUGUCUAGCCGUGUCAAGGCCGGUUCCGACAGUACGCAUUCCGGUGAACCGUCAGCGCUAGAUGUGAAAACAAAGGAGAAUGUUUUAUCCGAGUCAGAUAUUGAAACGAUGAAAUUGGAUCUGGCUCGUUAUGUGGUCUAUCGAGAAGGUACGGCGACAGACGAUGCAACUGCCACGGUGGUUUCUAUCAGCAAGUUGACUCCGGUUACAAUAACAGGCGAGCUGGAAAGCGACUUUCGUAACACUGUCACUGACCAUGCACUUCGAUAUCUCAAGGUAAGCUAA